AUUUGGGCAUGGUCAUCAUCUUUGAAUAGCUAGAUCUAGCAAGAAACAGAAUGGGGUAUAAAAUGUUUAUUGCCGUGCUCACUCAGACUGUUGUUCUCUCCCUGGCUGGUGCUGUCUUAGCCUUGACCACGGAGCAGUCCUUCUAUCCCCCGACGCUUAAUGACACCUCGUACAUCUCCAACAGUUCCAUUGGUACUUAUGGUGGUAUUUACAAGGCCCCAACAAAUGGCCCAACAGCAGGCACCCCCUACGGGGUAUAUGACUACUGUUCCAUGCCUCACCCGCGUGUGGAGGAGUACAAGCUGCCCGAUGCCCUAACCAACGGUUCUGUGAAGGGAAAAUUGGUCUACUUGGAGUAUUUGCAACGACACCAACGGCGCUCGCCAUAUAAUAUUCUUCCGGGUGGAGAGAAUCAAGCAUAUCAAUGCGAUAAUGUACGCCCUUACCUCUACGCAGGCCCAGACACCGCUAGUGGCAUUCAGCCAAUGCCCAUGUACGCCCAAACUUAUCAGUAUUCUGCAAAUCCAUUUACUCCUGGUGUGAACGGUACCUGCCAGUAUCCACAAAUCACUAUUGGUGGCGUACAGGACGGCUAUCAGCACGGAAAAGAUCUUUGGGCCGUGUAUGGAGAGAGGCUUGGGCUGAUUCCUAGAGUGCCUAACAGUCGCGUCUGGUUCCGAUCGAGUGAGUCUCAGCUUACUCAAGGAAGUGCAGGUGCCGUGCUACGUGGCAUCUGGCCGAACUAUCAUGGAGCUUUGCCGUUGCACCAAAUGGUGUCAUCGGUAGAUACGGUGAACGAGGGAUAUUCGUGCUCUGCAAUUGGCUCAACACUAAGUAGUCUGGAGUCCACCGCCGAUUGGAAAAACCAUCUCACAGUCACUGAGACACUCCGAUCAACCCUAGGGUCGAUGUUAGGUGCCACCGACAGUUCCUGGCAAAAUACGUUUGACCACUUUUCUGACAAUUUCCAAGCACGCCUUUGCAAUGGAUAUGAACUCCCUUGCAGUGUUACUAACUCCUCAGACUGCGUAACUAUGGAAAUGGCUGAAGAGGUAUUCCGGGCUGGGGACUGGGAGUGGAACUACUACUGGCGGACAAAUCCGGAUGUCGUCAAGUAUAUCCAAGUGGUCGAAGGAUUGUUUAUUGGAGAGAUUGUUUCUCACCUGCAGGCUGUAUUAGACCGCAAGUCAACUUUUGAUUACAGUCAUAUUUUUAUUCACGACGGAGACAUUGGUCCAGUGCUAGGAGCAUUAGGAAUUAAUGCGCUUCGAUGGCCGGCGAUGGCAUCCAAUAUCGCCUUUGAAAUUUGGGAAACAAACAACAAGCAGAGCCAAUUUUAUGCUAGGGUCCUGUAUAGUGGUCACCCCGUUCAGUCUAUUUAUGGCACGCUAGACUGGAUCCCACUUUCAGAGCUGAUUAGCAUUUUGACUCCUUACAUACCAGAAGACAUCGUCUCUCUUUGUGGAUAGAUAGAUACUUCUAAGAUGUAAAUAAAAUCAGUAAUUUAUGCUAUCAUGAAUUCCAGUGAAGGUAAAACUUGCCGUCGUAGUCAAUAAAGGCAGGAAAAAACUUCGACGUUGUAUAUUUGGAAUAGAUUUUAU